GCCCGCGCCCGGCGCGGAGCGGGGCGGUCAUCGGCAUCAGUUCCGCAGGCUGAGUGCAAGUCCCAGCCAUGGCUGCCCGCUGCUGGCGCUGGUGGCACUGGUCGGCGUGGCCUCGGACCCGGCCGCCUCCCGCCGGGAGCACUCCGAGCUCCCGCCGGCAGCUCUCCACGCAGGAGCAAACGCCCCAGAUCUGUGUGGUGGGCAGUGGCCCGGCUGGCUUCUACACUGCCCAACACCUGCUGAAGCACCACGCCCAGGCCCGCGUGGACAUCUACGAAAAGCAGCUGGUGCCCUUCGGCCUGGUGCGCUUUGGCGUGGCGCCCGACCACCCCGAGGUGAAGAAUGUCAUCCACACCUUUACCCAGACGGCCCGCUCUGACCGCUGCGCCUUCCACGGCAACGUGGUUGUGGGCAGGGACGUGACCGUGCCAGAACUGCGGGGGGCCUACCACGCUGUGGUGCUGAGCUACGGAGCAGAGGACCAUCGGGCCCUGGAAAUCCCUGGUGAGGAGCUGCCUGGCGUGUUCUCGGCCCGGGCCUUUGUGGGCUGGUACAAUGGACUUCCUGAGAACCGGGAGCUGGCACCGGACCUGAGCUGCGACACGGCUGUGAUUCUGGGGCAGGGUAAUGUGGCUCUGGACGUGGCCCGGAUCCUGCUGACCCCACCUGAGCAGCUGGAGAAAACGGACAUCACGGAGGCUUCCCUGGGGAUACUGAGGCAGAGCCGGGUGAAGACGGUGUGGAUAGUGGGCCGACGUGGACCCCUGCAAGUAGCUUUCACCGUUAAGGAGCUUCGAGAGAUGAUUCAGUUACCAGGAACCCGACCCAUUUUGGAUCCUGCGGAUUUCUUGGGCCUCCAGGACAGAAUGAAGGAGAUGCCCCGCCCGAGGAAGCGGCUGACGGAGCUGCUGCUGCGAACGGCCACCGAGAAGCCAGAAGGGGAGGAGGCUGCCCGCCGGGCAGUGGCCUCCCGAGCCUGGGGCCUCCGUUUUUUCCGCAGCCCCCAGCAGGUGCUGCCCUCACCGGACAGGCAGCGGGUGGCAGGCAUCCGCCUGGCGGUCACCAGACUGGAGGGUGUCGGUGAGACCGCCUGGGCAGUGCCCACUGGCGACACGGAGGACCUCCCUUGUGGGCUGGUGCUGAGCAGCGUUGGGUAUAAGAGCCGCCCCAUUGACCCCAGUGUGCCCUUUGACCCCAAACUUGGGGUCAUCCCCAAUACGGAGGGCCGGGUUGUGGAUGUGCCAGGCCUCUACUGCAGCGGCUGGGUGAAGCGGGGCCCCACGGGCGUCAUCGCCACCACCAUGACCGACAGCUUCCUCACCAGCCAGACCCUGCUGCAAGACCUGAAGGCCGGGCUGCUGCCGGGCGGCCCCAGGCCUGGCUAUGCGGCCAUCAAGGCCCUGCUCAGCAGCCGAGGGGUCCAGCCCAUCUCUUUCUCGGACUGGGAGAAGCUGGAUGCCAAGGAGGUGUCCCGGGGCCAGGGUACUGGGAAGCCCAGGGAGAAGCUGCUGGAUCCUCAGGAGAUGCUUCGGCUGCUGGGGCGCUGAGCCCAGAUCCCAGCCCGGCAGGGAGGCGGUGCCGUGCAGAGGAGAGGGGCCAGGGUCGGUCUGGGCAGGACUCUGCACACAGCUGCACCCCCUGCCCGCCCUGGCCCAGGGCCUUGGCUGCCUCUUCCAGGGACCAAUGAGCACUCCCUCCUGCCAGAAGGUCACCCUUGCCAGCGUGGGUUAACUCUCGGCGAGGAGAUAGCCUCAGUUAGGGCCGGGUGCAGGUGCAGGCUGACCUCGCUCCCCCCUCCCACCUCUCCUGCUGGACUGUGUGGGUCACCAGGUCCAGAAUGUGCUGAAAAUAAAACAGCUGCAACAGAGA